AUGCACAAGGUUUCAGACGAACUAUUGGUACUUGAUGAAUUCACAGGCAUUUUUGAGCCUAUUGGCAACAGGUCGCUGCGUUAUCUUGCCCAAAAACUGCCUGAUGCGAUGGCAAAUACCCAAACGGAUCUUGCCAGGGCAUGUAUCGCGUACAUGAAAUACGGCAUCUUUGAACGUGGAAUGGCUCAGUCCGACGGAGAGUUUGAGACUAGACUGUUAACAAACUCGUUCCAUGAGUACGCGUCUUGCUACUGGGGGCAUCAUGCGAGAGAGGCUGGACUGAAAGCGCAGACAGCUACCCAAAUCAUGUCGGAUAUCCAACCUAAUUGGGAGUACAGGACCUUGAAAGAAGAGAUUAUACGGUUCCUAGGUGGUGGGCCUUGCUUUUUGGCCGCACUUCAAACUCUCAAUUCUAGCGGGCCUUAUUACGCCAAAGGGCUAGUGCUCAAAAACGCAAGACUGGAUAAAGAUCGGCCUGUGUUUCCUGAAUAUAGCCAAAGAUCUCCAGAGGGAAUUACAGGUAUGCAUGUCGCGGCUUGGUUUGGCUUAGCUGACAUUAUUCCUGGGUUGGUCGAAGCCGGGUUGCAUCCAGACGCCGAAAGCUAUUGUGGACGCACGCCACUAUCCGUGGCAGCCAGUCAAGGGCACAAGAAAGCCGUAUCCCUUCUUGUCACCAGGUACAGGGCGGACCCCAAGUCCAAGGACGAUCGCGGAUUCACCCCACUACAGUAUGCUGCCUGCAAAGGCUAUACACGGGUUGUGCAGUACUUGAUUGGUAUUGGAGCUGAUAUAAAUUCAUAUUCAGACCUCGGAGUAUCAGCCCUUUCGUGUGCUGCAAUGCAUGCGCAUGAAGAGGUGGUGCGUGUACUUUGUGAUAGAGGCGCCAACGUCAAUUCAGCCGAUUCCUUAUGCUACCAGACGCCAUUAAUCUUCGCUGUCAUCAGUCGCGACGAGUUUGUUGUCCGGAUGAUCCUGCAGAAAGGUGCUCUAGUUGAUGUGGAGGACGAAUCUGGUCGGACUGCGCUGGGUUGUGCUGCAGCUCAAGGCAGCGAGACAAUUGCGAAGAUACUCUAUCAGGCAAUUGUCGGAGACCCAAAUGUACUCAGUCGACACAACUCGCUCUAUGGGAGAAAGCCACUCUCGGAAGCUGGGCGUGUUCUCAUGGCGGGCAUCGUUGGUCAACAUAGACGGUAG